AAUGGCGUCUGGAGUUUCUCCGGUGUUUCCGUACGUGGUGUUUCUUAACAGUAAUGUAUCCGUAACCCGUCUGCCGAUCUAUUACUAUAAUUUUUAUUUUUCUUUUCCCUUUCUUUUCUUUUCCCACCUCCCCUGGGACUGACUCUCAGCCGUUCUCUCGCCAAUUCCAAUUUCCAAGAAAGAAGUUGGUGUCUGUCUUCGGGGUAGCCGUCACUCCUUCUCUUCCUUCUCCUUGACCGCACUGUUGGAGAGAGACCGAGAGAGUUCCCAGCACCAAUCACCAUCCCAUCAUGGCCAACAUCACUGGGAGCUUUGUCUCCCCUUUAGCGGAUGCUACCGUUGUCCCUCAGCUUUUCCAGCCCUCCGGACUGCUCGGGUCCUUGCUUGGCGAUUUCAAUGUCUGGAAGGCUUUGUUGACUCUGUUUAUCGCGGCUGUUAUCUACGAUCAAUUCCGAUACUUCUAUCAGAAAGGAUCCAUUGUUGGACCCAGAUGGAAGUUGCCAUUCAUGGGACCUUUCCUUCAGUCGGUCAACCCCAAGUUCCACGAGUACAAGGCCAAGUGGGACAGCGGAGAACUGAGCUGUGUUUCCGUCUUCCACAAGUUUGUCGUCAUCGCAUCCACCCGUGAUAUGUCCAGGAAGAUCUUCAACUCUCCUGCCUACGUCAAACCCUGUGUCGUCGAUUCGGCGCAUAAGUUGCUUGGCGAGGACAAUUGGGUGUUCUUGGAUGGCAAGGAUCAUGUUGAAUUUCGCAAAGGCUUGAACGGCCUCUUCACCCGUUCCGCGCUCACUUGCUACCUUCCCCGCCAGGAGGAAACCUUUAACCAGUACUUCAAGCGCUUCCUCGAGAAGUCCAAGGCCAAUGACUUCAAGCCUACCCCCUGGAUGCCGGAAUUCCGUGAAUUGAUGACUGCCAUCUCUUGCCGUACUUUUGUGGGUCACUACAUGACCGAUGAGGUCAUCCAGAAGAUUAACGAUGACUACUACUUGAUCACGGCUGCCUUGGAGCUGGUCAACUUCCCGAUUAUCCUUCCUUACACCAAGACAUGGUACGGAAAGAAGGCCGCGGAUAUGGUUAUGGAGGAGUUCGCGAAGUGUGCCGCCAAGAGCAAAGCGCGUAUGGCUGCUGGUGGAGAAGUCUCGUGUAUCAUGGACGCUUGGGUCAAGGCUCAGCAGGUCUCCGCGAAGUACAGGGAGGACGUCGCCAAGGGCAUCCCCGCCGAGAAACCUCCUCAACUCCUUCGGGAUUUCACCGACGAAGAAAUCGCUAAGACUGUUUUCACCUUCUUGUUCGCAUCUCAGGAUGCAACCAGCGCCGCCUCUACCUGGCUGUUCCAGCUCAUGGCCGACCGCCCCGAGGUCUUGGAGAAGGUGCGGGAGGAGAACGUGCGUCUCCGGAAUGGUGACAUCAACGCGCCUAUCACCAUGGAGCUGCUCGAUCAGAUGGAAUAUACUCGUGCUGUGGUGAAGGAGACUCUGCGUUACCGUCCACCCGUUAUUAUGGUCCCCUACCUGGUCAAGAAGGAUUUCCCCAUCACCGAAAAGAUUACCGUUAAGAAGGGCUCUAUGAUCAUCCCAUCUGUCUGGCCUGCAACCCACGACGAGGAGGCGUACCCCAACCCAGACAGCUUCGACCCGGAUCGCUGGAUCACCGGCACCGCUGAGCAAAACCCUAAGAACUGGUUGGUCUUCGGCACUGGUCCCCAUUAUUGCCUGGGUCAGACCUACGCCCAGCUGAACUUGAUGGCCAUGAUUGGCAAGGCCAGUAUGGAGAUGACGUGGGAGCACACCACCACCCCCAAGUCGGAAGACAUCAAGGUGUUUGCCACGAUCUUCCCUCAGGAUGACUGCCUGCUUACAUUCCGCCCUCGUGCCUAAACUUCUAUAAUCGAUUUUAUUCUUCCCUUUUUCUUUUCAAUUUCCCCUUUCCUUGUCGGUCCUCCAGUGUUAAAUUCUCUAUCUUGGAGAUAGAAUGGCCGUACCCUUCUUCUCUUCCUUCUAUACCUGUAUCUACUUUUUUGUACCAUUCUUCCACCUUUGGGGGUUUUUUUCGGUGGUGGUUCUUUUUCGUUUUACCAUUUCUUGUUUAACGGAUGAAAAUUAGGAACGUGCUUGUGCCGAAGACGAGCCACAGGGACUCCCGCGCUCGCAAUGUAUGAGGCCGAGCCGUCCGGGCGUACAUGAUAUUGAACGAUUCAUGCAGGGUCGUCAGCUUUAUGAACAGUGAAGCGGUGAAGGACGUGCCAUUUUUAGAUUACGCUACCUAGAAUAAUAAUAAUUGUGAGCCUUUUUCGUU